GUUUCCACGGGCAGAUCGGCCAAGUCUCUCGAUUUGGGCCAAAGACCGUGGUCUCCUGAUCCUCCCCGAGACCUAGCUCAAGGUUGUGUUCACAUCAUGGCUACAUCAUCGACGAUUACAGAUCAAAUCCAAAAUGAUAUUUUAAACUGCAAGAUCUGCCUUAGUAGGUUUAAGUAUCCAAAGAUGUUGCCUUGUGCCCACACGUACUGCCAGGGCUGCCUGGAAAAGAUGGUGAAGGCAAACAGGAAGAUCCAAUGCCCGGAGUGCAGGGAAGAGACUGACGUGAGUGCCGGCGUCAGCAAGCUCAAGACCAACUUUCACAUCAACAGUCUUCUGGAUAUCUUUCAAAUGAAGGAGAGCGAGGAGGUAGCCUGCACCCGGUGCACCGCAGCGGGGAAGAGGAUUCCUGCGGUGGCUCAGUGCCAGAUUUGCUUCAUUCACCUCUGCCCGCUUUGCAAGUUCAAUCACUCAGUUGGAAACCCAACCCACGAUUUAAAGGAUCUGCUUGGUUUCAGCUCUGGGCCCUGUGAGGCUGAGGUGAAGAUGCAGAAGCAGAUCUAUUGCCAGGUUCAUCCCAUGACCCUGGUGGAUCAUUUCUGUAACACCUGCAACAUUGCGAUCUGCACCAAUUGUUCCUUAUUCGCCCACGCCAAGCAUAGAAAAGUUGCGAUGGCUGGAGCAGCAGCAACCACGAAACCCAUCGUGACAAAGCUCCUUGGAAGACUGAGGACUGAUCUUCAGUCACUGGUUCAGCAGGAUGACAGCCUCAGCGAGGCAGUGAACAGAAUGAAGGCUACGGAAUGCUCCUUGAUGUCAAUGAUAGAGACGACCCUGACAGAGGUCAUAAACAAUGUGAUCAAACAAGGUGAUGCCAUCAAAGCAACACUCUCAGAUUACGUCAGGGAACAGGAGGAGUUGUACAAAGUUGCAAAGACGGAACUUCAGCUUCAGAUAAAGAAGGCAGAAGAUACCAGAGAAUUAUGCGAGCGCGUCCUGCAAUCUGGUCAAGCGAGGGAAAUAGUCUGCCUGAAGUCGAUUGUAGAAGAUCAGAUUAAUGCUUUCCAAGCACUAAACAUGCCCGCUGAAAGGAAAGCCAGCCCCAACCUAACUGUCAACGAAUCAAUAAAGCAAGUGAUAUCACAAUCAAAUCUGUUCAGCAUCACGUUUGGGGAGGAAUCUGUCCCUCAAGCCCAGGCAACUCCAGGUAGAACUGAGCAGCGUAAGAAUCCGCCAAAAACUCCUCAGGCAAAUGUUCCAAUUCCCCAACCCAAGGAAAAGGUGCGGAAUCUCCAUUCCUUUGACUCGGAGCUGUCGGAUGAUGAGUAUGAUCCUAAGUUGACUGGUAUUAGCAUUUCCAGAGAUGGAGACAUCAUUUUGGUGGAUGAAGAAAAUUCUAUUCUGAAAUGCUACGCAAACAGUGGAUAUCUCAAAACAACUAUUUCACUGCCAGAUGAAGAUGAUGAUCCAUGUAGUGUUGCUGUGUGUGAUGAUACCAUUGCUUGCUCUGCCAAGAACAAGUUGUAUCUGCUGGACAUGGAUGGUGCGUUUCUGAAAAAGCUUUUCCUCCGAGGAUCUGAAUCAGUUUACCCCAUUGCUGCUUACAAGGAUGAAUAUGUAGCUGUGAGCGAGGGGGCUUUAUGCUCUCUCUCUCUCUAUGAUGUCAAUGGGCACGUGGUCAGCAGGGUGAAACCGUACGGCUAUGAAGGGGUCAGAUUUCUCUUCCUGGCAAUCAACAGUAUGGAGGAGUUCAUUGUAGCCGAUAGUGGGAAGAAAUGUAUUGUCAUUUUCAACAGGAAUGGGCAGGUCAUCAAUAUCUGUGACCAGGUCACUGUGAAUGGGGUGGAUUAUGCAAUAAACCCUUAUAGCAUCUGCACAGAUAGAAAUGAUAAUAUUCUGGUCACUGAGCGGAAUAGAAUCCUCUUAUUUUGGCCAGAAGGUGUUUUUAGGAACGAGCUGCUGAACACCACGAACGGUCUACACAAACCUCGUGUCAUUGCCGUUGAUGAUGAUGACAACCUCGUUGUCACCCAAGGCAAUGGGAUUGUUUCUUUGUUCAAGCUUCAGCUCUCUUAGCAUCAGAGCGGGGUUCAAAGUGAGCACAGACCUCAUGUUACCCUUGUAAUGAAGAGUUACACAUGGCUUGUGUAGUGGCAAAAGAUGUUAGGUAGAACAUAGAAAAACCUACAGCACAAUUCAGGCCCUUCGGCCCACAAAGUUGUGCAGAACAGGUCCCUACCUUAGAAAUUACUAGGCUUACCCAUAGCCCUCUGCUUUUCUAAGCUCCAUGUACCUAUCUAAAAGUCUCAUAAAGGACCCUAUCGUAUCCGCCUCCACCACCAUUGCCGGCAGCCCAUUCCACACACUCACCACUCUCUGAGUAAAAGAACUUACCCCUGACAUCUCCUCUAUACCUAUUCCCCAGCACCUUAAACCUGUGUCCUCUUGUGGUAACCAUUUCAGCUCAGCCCUGGGAAAAAGCCUCUGUAUCUACACAAUCAAUGCCUCUCAUCAUCUUAUACACCUCUGUCAGGUCCCCCCUCAUCCUCCGUCCCUCCAAGGAGGAAAGGCCGAGUUCCCUUGACCUGUUUUCAUAAGGCAUGCUUCCCAUUUCAGGUAGCAUUCUUGUAAAUCUCCUCUGCACCCUUUCUAUGGCUUCCACAUCCUUCCUGUAGUGAGGCGACCAGAACUGAGCACAGUACUCCAUGUCGGACGCCUAUUCUUGAAAUCUAGGAUGUAGUUUGAGUACGGAGCAAUCUUGCUGUAUGUAAACAAAAGACAACAGCUUCCGUUAAUGUGGAACAUUCCAAGGCAUUUCACAGGAGUGCCAACGAGCAAAAUCCUCCAAUAUCUUAUAUCGUAUCAUCAAUGUUCCUUUCUAACCUGCACCACUAUCCCACCAUGAGCCCACAAACUUUGAUCGGAGCUCCACUCCAUUUGCCUCUCUUCCUUUUAAUCCUCAUUAACUUCCAGGAUGUUUGUACUCCAGUAAUUUCUACAUUACAUGAAAUAAGUUUGAGAAAUGUCAAAUCAGUUAGGACAAUGGUACAACAUGACAAUGGUGCUCUUAAUUUGCUAUCAUUGGCACAUAGUGGGAUAUGGGAAUAAAGUAGGAAGAUCCAACUACAUGGGAGAUGUUCUUCGGGUACAUGGGAGAUGUUCUUCAGGUACAUGGAGAUGUAGUUCUUCAACUACAUGGGAGAUGUUCUUCGGGUACUGGGCCUGUGUCAGAGUGGAUCAAGUUUCACCUUUUACCCUGAUACACCUGACUCUGGGCACAUUUGAUACUAAUUGUUCAUAUUCCAAGCAUAUAUUUGAAACAUUCCAACCUUUUUAGUUUUGCAAUUCCAGCAGAUUUUGUAACUCCAACAGUAACUCCACAAAGUUCCAUCAGCAGAUUGUUUGUUGCUCCAGAUUCCAGCAUCUGCAGUCUCUUGUGUCUCCAGUCUUUGUAACUUGUUUAGCCAUUAGAUUAAAACAAGUUAAAACUGCUUUCCUUUUGUUUUUGAUGGUAGAGACCAUCUGUUUACUCUUCAACCACCCCCCCCCCCCCCCCCCCCCACCCAUUUUACCUAACAGCUGAACAUCAGCCAUGGGCAGGGUUGUAUUAACCAUGGGAUUGCUGGAAAGAUCAUUAACAGACUCUACUCAUCCAUUUGGAUACCUGGGAACUACACUGAGAACUGUAAUGAUGAAAUGGUUAAUAAAUACACUAAUGAGACACAAGAUUAUUUUAGUAUGGAUUAUUGAGGAGAAAGGAAAAGCUUUUGAUGAUUACAUCAAAUAUUUAGCAUUUAACAAGCCUUGUAAAGAAAUGCUUCUUAAAUAGAACAAAUAAAAAGAUCUAAAAACCAGCUUAAGGAAUUUUCUUGAGGGGUUCUGAUGACUUGUUCACUUUGAGAGAAGAUCAACAAAGGUCAACAAAAUUCACAGAUUGUCAGUCAGACUUGGAGAUCAAGGAAAUUCCAUAGGGAAUAGACUGUACGGUUGAGCUUUCCAGCUUCUGAUUCCAGUUGAAGCGUGUGAUGGUGUUGGCCUUUCACUGACCAGAUCUUGGUUAAAGUCCACAUUGAACACUAAUCUUUGAUCAGCUCUUCUGAGUGUGGUUUUGCCUAUUGAUCUAGUCACGUUGGUGAUUAUGUUAACAGUGUAAGUGCAAGAUCCUGUCAAAAUGUUAUUGUACUGGCUGAAAAAUAACCAAUCAUUCCAUUCUUUCCAACUUGUUCGUUGCCUCAAUGUACUCUUUUUCUGUCGCAAUUAGAAAGUGAAAUAAAGCUUUUUGAAGUUCCUUAA